GUCCACAGUUCGACUUGGGCAAUGCAAAGUAAGUCUCCCCACAAGACUGCCACCAUGUUCAGGCUCAUUAUUGCCUCCCUUCUCGUCGUCUCCUCCUAUGGGAGGGUGGUGAGGAAGCCCAUGUUGGACGGGAGGAUCGUCGGAGGGGAAGAAGUAGGUUUGAGGGAAAUCCCUUGGCAGGUCUCACUGCAGUCCUUCGGCGACCACGUCUGCGGAGGAUUUAUCCUCGAUGAGAAGAACGUCAUCACCGCAGCCCAUUGCUGCGAUGCUGUCUCCACCUUCAUCGUUGUUGCAGGAGAACACGAUCUCUUCGAACCAAGUGGACAUGAGGUUGAGGUCGACGUGACGAGAAUGGUCAAACAUGAGGCAUACGACGAGUUCAAAUUCACUAAUGACAUCUGUCUUCUCUGGCUGGCAACUUCCUUGAGUUUCAGCGACUACAUUGCUAAUGCAACCAUGCCCUCAGCGGGCGAUGAUUUUGAAGAUGGUGCUAAUAUGACCGUGUCCGGUUGGGGAUCAACGCAGGAAGGAGGAGCAAUUUCUGACGUCCUUCUAAAGGUGAACGUGGCCAUCGUGAAUGACACUACUUGCGACCAGGCCUACGCUGAUUUCGGAGGCAUUGAAGAAAACGCACACAUAUGCGCCGGCACUAUGCCAGAGGGUGGCGCCGAUUCUUGCCAGGUACGAUAUCUCGCCUCAGUUUAG